AUGUCAAAAAGCGUCCCAAAAUCCAAUGCUGCGUCUUCAAAUUGGCUUGCUUUGCAAAAGAAGUUGAGCAACAAAUCUACUGGCAAGAAGCCAGUGCAACGCUAUGAAUCUGGACGCAAAAGACGGAAAAUCAAUCAUUUUGAAGAGAAAUCAAAGAUUUCCCCCUCGACCCCAUUCUCCAUAACGGCUGAAUCGUCCAAACUUGAUCUGACUGAAGACAUGAAAAACGGCGAAUCACUUUCCAGUCUUAAACGUAUGGUUUUUGGCGAGAUGGAUUAUUCGUCCGAGCUCAAACAACCAGGGAAAUAUAUAGGUAUCGACUGCGAAAUGGUUGGUGUUGGGAUUGACGGAUCGGAAUCUUCGUUGGCCAGAGUUACGUUGGUGAAUUAUCAUGGUGCAGUACAGAUGGAUGAGUUUGUGCGGCAGAGAGAGCGGGUGGUGGAUUAUCGGACGCAGUAUAGCGGGAUCAGAGAGUCGGAUAUGAAGAAAGCGAAGCCUUUCGACGAGAUUCAGAAAAAGGUCGCGGAAUUGUUACAAGAUCGGAUUCUUGUCGGACAUGCCAUUCAUAAUGAUCUUAAGGCACUUCUACUAUCACAUCCUUGGAAUCUCACCAGAGACACUCAAUAUCUUGCUGGGAAAUCCAAGGUCGUACGGAGCAAAUAUGUUGCUUUACGAAAACUGGUCGAACAAGAGCUGGGCAUUGUUAUUCAAGCUGGAGAGCAUUCUAGUUUGGUUGAUGCACGGGCGACGAUGGCAAUAUAUCGUCUACAUCGUAAGGAAUGGGAUAAGGGUAGUGCGAGCACUCUGAGGGCAUCGACCAUGAUCAAGAUGGCGAAGACCAAAUCUCGUCAUAACGGAGCCGACGAAGAGGAGAUUGAUGUCGAGGAUAGUAAAAUCGAUGUAGAGUCUCCAGAGGUCGAAAGGAAGAGAAAAAGGACUGCAGGCGACGAGGACCCAGAUGAUCCAAACCCUGAAAAGACUCCUGAUCAGUCGCCUUCUAGAGGUUUGUCAAAUAGUAAAAAGAAAGCAAAAGGUCGUCAGGAAAUAUUUCCUGGCGGCGGUCGUAGAGGUGUGAGCUCUGGGUUGUCAACUAUCGUUCGGAAGGGUGGAGGUGGAAGUACCACUGAUAGUGACCGACCAAAAACACAGUGGUGGAAGGAGCUUGGAAAUGCUGGGUCGAGUGGGUUGAAGGGUUCUCUACGGCUUUGA